AUGGUGGGUCCUACGUUGAAGCAGAUAUCUGUAGCAUUUGGGCUUACAGAGUUCCCUUUCCACUCGACAUUGGCAAUACUCCAAAAGCAGCCGCUGGCCGUGAACAAGGGUGCACGCAACCGUAAGGAGCCCAUGCUGCUACAGGCGGUGGCCAUGCCCAUCCAGAAGGUGCACGCUCGUCAGAUCUUCGACUCCCGCGGCAAUCCCACUGUGGAGGUGGAGGUGACCAGUGAGGUUGGCGUCUUCCGAGCCGCCGUGCCCAGCGGUGCCAGCACUGGGGAGAACGAGGCCUGCGAGCUGCGCGAUGGUGGUAAGGACUACAUGGGCAAAGGUGUUUCCAAAGCGGUCGACAACGUGAAAUCCAAGAUUGCGCCUGCCCUCAUUGGAAAGGACCCAACAGAUCAGAAGGGUAUCGACCAGAUCAUGAUCGACCUUGAUGGCACCGAGAACAAGACGAAUCUGGGAGCCAACGCCAUCCUAGGCGUCUCGAUGGCCUGCUGUAGGGCGGGUGCGGCGCAGAAGGGCCUUCCGCUCUUCAAGCACAUCAACGAGAUUGCUGGCAAGCCGCUUAUGUGUAUGCCUGUGCCCUGCUUCAAUGUCAUCAACGGCGGCGUUCAUGCCGGCAACUUCCUUGCUUUCCAGGAGUUCUUCCUGAUUCCGGUCGGUGCCAAGACCUUCGCAGAGGCCAUGAAGCUGGGCUCGGAGACGUACCACAACCUCAAGGGCAUCAUCAAGAAGAAGUAUGGCCUCGACUCCACAGCCGUGGGUGACGAGGGUGGUUUCGCUCCGGCGGUGGCAGAUCCGGAGGAGGGACUGAAGCUGCUCCUGGAAGCCAUCAGCCAGGCCGGUCACGACGGCAAGAUCCUGAUUGGCUCGGAUCCUGCUUCCUCUGAGUUCUGGAAGGGAGAUGAGCAGAAGUACGAUAUGGACUUCAAAAGCACCAACCCCAAGCCUGAGAACAAGAAGACCAGGGAGGAGAUGGUGGCCACCUACAAGCGUUUCUGCGACAGCUACCCCAUCGCUCUGCUGGAGGACCCUUUUGCAGAAGAAGAUUUCGAGGGCCAUUCACAGCUCACAGCCUUGGUCGGCGACAAGGUGGAAAUUGUUGGUGACGACCUCUACUGCACCAAUGUCAAGCGCGUGCAGAUGGGCUUGGACAAGAAGGCCACCAAUGCCAUGCUUCUGAAGGUGAACCAGAUUGGCAGCGUGUCAGAAUCCAUCGCCGCCUGGCAGCUUUGCCGGGACAACAAGUGGCUCGACCGGGUUUGA